AUGGCCAUCACCCAUUUCCUGGCGGGGAUUCUCAGUUGCCGUGGAAAUCAUGAAGAGGCGGAACAAAUUCAUCGACGCACUUUUCAUGACUCUAUGGUUUUGCUCGGCCCAGAAUGCCAGGACACAUUGAUUUACGUGAACGGGUUUUCGGGGGCCCUUUCAAGGAAAAACAAAUUGGACGAGGCAGAAGUACUAUUGCGACAUAUAGUACUAACUAUGAAAAGAGCUGGCUCAGAAGACACUAUGAACAAUUUGAUAUAUCUGGGAGGCUUGGCAAAUCUACUUCGAAGAGCAGGUAAACUUGAGGAAGCAGAAAAAUUGUUAAGAAAAGUGGUCGCAGGGCACACAAUGCUAUUAGGGCUUCGCUGUCGAAAAGACAAAUUUGAAGAGGUAUGGAAUUUUUUCAUGCAAAAUAAAUUCGAGGAAGCGCAUGAAAUAUGCAAAAAAGUUGUUAACGAAAAAGAACGGGUAUUUGACAAGCUAGAUUCGGACAGGCUAGAAUCUUGUGGUCAAUUUGGAGUUGUUCUACAAUGCAUGGGCCGAUAUGAAGAUGCGGAAGGGAUGCAUAGAAAGGCUUGGGAAGGAUGGGGAGAGUUACUUGGAGAAAAUGACUGGGCGGCAAAAACAAGCUUGAAAGAUCUCAAGCUGGCCUUGUGGUGUCAGGGGAAAGUGACAGAGACCGAUAAUGAUGGGAACGUGGAUGAGAUAGACGGAAAGCAAGUCUGGGACUAUUCAAAACCUGGUCCCCACCGCAAACAUAUCUGUCAUUGGAGGGACAGAAUACCACCGGAGGGCAGCAAUGUGGGACAAGAAGGCGUUAAUUGGGACGAAAUCCCCAGCGCAUUGGAGGGACUGAGUAUAGCAGAGGCUGUCAAACAGGGUAUUCUUUCCAACGGGGAAAAGGUUGAGCGUUGA